GUCACUACAAUAAUAAACAAAAUGUAAACAAACACACUUUUCAUCCGUGAUGCUUUCGCAAGAAGAUGUUAAUUUUAUUGAAAACUCCCUUUCUUAUGAAGAUAAAGUAUCACUGAUUUUUCUUCUCUACGGACACCGGAACCCACAGUAUGCGCUACAAAUUCUUACCGUGGCCGGAAGAGCUUCGGCUUCCGAGGAAACAAACUUCCUGGUGGACUGGAUGAAUUAUGUACAUCAGUCUAGUGAUUGGGAGGAAGAGUUACUAGAAGUGCUUACUAUCAUGGAACAGAACCUUCUGCUUCUUCGUGCUGGAUACGAUGACGAAGAGCUUCGGUUGAAAUUUUUCCCACGUACGGCCGAAAUCGCUUUCUUUGUUCACCCGAUGCCGAAGGGAUUGUAUCACUUUUGUGAGCGGCUUCAAGAUAAGGAUGCGUCCAACUUGAUAAACCAAUUGCAACGAUCCGCGGGUAUACCUUUACAGCAAAAUCAAUAUAUGGAAAUUGCUCUGCUUCAUCUGAUUUGCAACGAAAAUAUUCAGCUGGGAAUGAAGCAAGCGGGUCAGGAAAGUAAUCUUUUGCUGUUAACCGCUGCAUGUAAAGCGGCAGAGUUGUACGACGAAAACGAUUUUCUGAAGAGUAUCGUAUCGCAUUUUAAUCGUCAUAUUUGUAAACGGAGUCAGGAACAAUCUGACGCAAGCAUAAAGAAGAUUCCCAACACUGCUGACGUGUCCGGUAGACACAGUCCAUCCGUGUCUGUAAUAAGAAAGGUUCAAACGACAGAGUCCCCUUUGGAAUCUUACCCGUUCCAUCCCGAACGAGCAGGCAUCGUUUUGCUGAUAAACCAAUUCAGCUUCUACCGCGAAACAAACCCGGAGCUUAUCGAACUGCUACCUGCCAGACCAUUGAAAGAUCGCAAGGGCACUGAGGUAGACAAAAAUGCGUUGAUAAACCUCUUCACCGAAUUCGGGUACGCACUGGUAUUGGAGGAAAACAACACACAUCACCAAAUAUUGCAAGCGGUGCAGCAUGCAGUUCAACGCAUAAAGCCGAUGCACUAUUCGUUGAUUGUGUGUCUGCUUUCCCAUGGCCAGGAAGGCAAGGUGUUCGGUUCGAAUAGCAUACCCGUGGAAGUGAAAGCUAUCCAGCAACUGAUGGCUCAUGAACGACUUACUGGGAAACCGAAAUUAUUGAUCGUGCAGGCUUGUCAGGGAGCGGAUGUGCAAUCCGCCGUCCCUAUACCGAACCACGAGCACGAUGGAUUGGCAGGCGAGGAAAGGACGGCAUCAGUGUUUAUGGAUUUUCUAGUCGCUUGGUCCACUGUGCCAGGAUUUGCGUCGAUACGACACAUCGAAAAAGGUUCCUGGUUUAUUCAGGAACUUUGCACCAAACUGCGUCAGUUAUAUGAAAGUGAACAUAUCAUGGAUAUACUAACAGCUGUGAUAAACGAUGUAGCGAGCAAACGAGGAUAUGGGAACGAAUGUAUGGUGCCGAUUGUGCAGAGUACUUUAAGCAAAAAAUUUUAUUUUCAUCGAAGAGUUUAAACACAGACGAAUUAUAAGGAUAAAAAAAUUUACAAUAUGGUGAAGUGAAUAAGUGUCCUUAAAUGCUAAGAGCAAUUUUAUCAUUCCUUUUGGAUAAUGUAUUUGAUUUUAUCUAAAUAAUAAUAAAAUUAUAACAAAAAU